AUCAUGCGCCCAUACCCGAAUAAUUCCAAUGCCAGGAACCGGGCCACCUAUAUAAACCGCCCGAACGAUUAUCUCGACACAACACGCCCAACUAGCGAGUCCUGGUCAUUUCCCAGUAGCGCUAAUACCAAACCCAACACUCAUCAUGAAGUGCUUCAUCGUCUUCUCCGCCCUGGUCGCUGUGGCUCUCGCCAAGCCCGGCGGUCUCCUCCACGGAGUUUCUCACGGUGCCUACGUGGCUCCCCUGGCCUACGCUCACCUCGUGGCCGGUGCCCCGACCGGACCCGACGGCCGUGUCGUCGACACCCCCGAGGUCGCUCACGCCAAGGCGGAACACGCAGCGGCCCAGGUGAACGAGCGAGUGACCCUUGCCCGUGAGGCUUCGAAGAACUACGUUGCCGGUGUCGUGCCUGCCUACCCGGCGUACCCGGCAUACUCAGCAUACUCGGCUUACUCGGCACCCGCUCUCGCCUACGGCAAGGUCUACUCAGGCGUCGCACCCGUCGUCUCUGCCUACGGUGCGUACGCUCCCAGCGUCGCCUACGGUGCCCCGCUCAGUUUGGACGGACGUGUUGUCGACACCCCCGAGGUGGCCGUCGCCAAGGCUGCUCACUUCGCCGCUCACGCCGAGGCCAAGGCUCGUCUCGGAUACGCCGGACAUUACGCUUACGCUGCCCCCGUCGCCGUCUGGUGAACGGGAGGAUAGUCGUCGCUGCUCCGAGAUCGAAUGAAGAAUCAAUUUUUUUCUUUUAUACCUGUUUUAUGAAUAAAUUGAACUAUUGGCAAAUCCCGUAA